UGGCGGGUGGGGAUUGAGGGGGGCGUGCAGGUGAGCUAACCGGUGGCAGGUCGCGGGCAUGGCCGAGGCCAGGAAGCGGCGGGAGCUGCUUCCCCUGAUCUACCAGCAUCUGCUGCAGGCAGGCUUUGUGCGCGCGGCGCGGGAAGUGAAGGAGCAGAGCUGCCAGAAAAGUUUCCCAGUUCAGCCUGUAACCCUUCUGGACAUCUAUACGCACUGGCAACAAACCUCGGAGGUUGGCAAGAAGCAGAAGGCCGAGGAGGAUGCAGCGCUGCAGGCCAAGAAGGCCCGGGUGUCAGACCCCAUUAGCACCUCGGAGAGCUCAGAAGAGGAGGAGGCGGCGGCAGCUGAAACCGCCAAAGCUGCCCCAAGACCAGCAUCCACCAACUCCUCAGUUGUGAGGGCGGUUUUGCCAUCAAGCAUGAAAGGAAAAGCCACGGCAGAGAUCAAGAAAGGCAACAAGACAGUGAACUCCACACCACAACCUGCCCUCGGAACCACUGCCAAGCCUGGAUUGGCAUCAGCGGGCCAGGUCGACAGCUCCAGCGAGGAGACCUCCAGCUCGAGCGAGGAGACCGAUGUGGAGGUAAAGACCUCGGGGAAACCCCCCCAGGUCAAAGCUGCUUCAGCCCCUGCCAAGGGGUCUCCUAGGAAAGCAGCGGUCCCAGCACCCCCUGGGAAGGCAGGACUUGCAGCUGCCCAGGCCAAGGCAGGGAAGCCAGAGGAGGACUCGGAGAGCAGCAGUGAGGAAUCGGACAGUGAGGAGGAGGCGCCAGCUGCCAAGACCUCACUUCAGGUGAAGGCCUCGGGAAAAACCCCACAGGUCAAAGCUGCCUCAGCUCCCACCAAGGAGUCCCCCAGGAAAGGGGCUGUCCCAGCACCCCCUGGGAAGGCAGGGCCUACAACUGCCAAGGCCAAGGCAGGUAGGCCAGAGGAGGACUCGGAGAGCAGCAGCGAGGAAUCAGACAGUGAGGAGGAGGCGCCAACUGCCAAGACUGCGCUUCAGGUGAAGGCCUCGGGGAAAACCUCGCAGGUCAAAGCUGCCUCGGCCCCCACCAAGGAGCCCCCCAGGAAGGGGGCUGUCCCAGGACCCCCUGGGAAGGCAAGGCCUGCAGCUGCCCAGGUCAAGGCAGGGAGGCCAGAGGAGGACUCAGAGAGCAGCAGCGAGGAAUCGGACAGUGAGGAGGAGGUGCCAGCAGUGGUACCUGUAACCUCAAACCUGGCUCAGGCAAAGCCCUUGGGGAAAAACUCCCAGGGCAGAGCCACCUCAGCCACGGGACCCCCUGGGAAAGGCAGCGUCCCAGCACCCCCUGGGAAGGCAGGGUCUGCAGCCACUUUGGCUCAGGCCCGGAAGCAGGAGGAGGACUCGGAGAGCAGCAGCGAGGAGUCAGACAGUGAGGAGGAGGCAUCUGCAGCCACAGCUCCAGCCCAGGCAAAACCAGCUAUGAAAACUCAGACCAAGGCCUCCCCAAGGAAGGGCAUGCCCAUUGCCCCUGCAUCUGCCAAAGUCCCCCCAGUGCGAGUGGGCACAGCAUCUUUGCCAGCCUGCACAUCCUCCCCAGCUGUGGCCAGGGGCACCCAGAGGCCGGGGGAGGAUUCUUCAAGCAACGAGGAAUCAGAGAGCGAGGAGGAGGCAGCUCCUGCCACAGCAGGGACACAGGCUAAGUCUGUGGGGAAAAGCCUCCCAGUGAAAGCUGCCUCAGGGCAAGGGACCACCCUGGGACUCCCUGGGAAGGCAGGGCCCAUGUUGGCCCAGGUCAAAGCUAAGACGCACGAAGACUCAGAGAGCAGUGAAGAAGAAUCAGACAGUGAGGAGGCUUCCUCGGCUCCAGCACAGGUGAAGGCCUCAGUGAAAACCUCUCAGAGCAAAGCCCAACCCGCUCCCACCAGAGUGGCUUCAGCCAAAGGGGCAGCAUCAGCUCCCGGGAAAGUGGUCACUGCAGCUGCUCAAGCCAAACAGGAGUCCCCGGCCAAGGCAAAGCUGCCAGCGAGAACCCCCCAGAGCAGUGCCAUCUCGGUGAGGGGCCAGGUGUCUGUGCCAGCUGCGGGGAAGGCAGCGGCCCCAGCAGCCCAGGCCCCAGGGCCAGUCAAGGACGACUCGGAGAGCAGUGAGGAAGAGACGGACAUCGAGGGGGAGGCACCCACGCCGGCAAAGCUCUCAGGGAAGACCACCCAGGUCAGAACUGCCUCGGCCCCUACCAAGGGGUCCCCCAGGAAAGGGGCUGCCCCGCCACCCCCUGGGAAUACAGGACCCACAGUCGCUCAGGCUAGGAAAAAGGAGGACUCGGAGAGCAGCAGCGAGGAGGAGUCGGACAGCGACGGGGAGGCACCGGCAGCUGUGACCGCAGCUCAGAAGAAGAGUAACUCCAAAGCUUCCAAAAGUAACACAGUGGCCCCAGCAACCCCAAAGAAGAAUGCAGAGGGGUCCUCGGAGAGCAGUGACGAGGAGCUGCCGGCAAGCCAGGUGAUUAAAACCCCUCUGAUUUUUGUCGACCCUAAUCGUAGUCCAGCUGGUCAGCCUGCUACCCCUGUGCCCACCCAGGCUGCAAGUGCAAGUGCCCCAAGGAAGGCCAGGAGCUCCUCGUCCGAGAGCGAGGAUGAGGAUGUGAUCCCCGCUACGCAGUGCUUGACUCCCGCCAUUAGAACCAAUGCAGUGAUCAUGCCCACGGCCCACCCAAGGGCAGCCCUUGGGGCCAACAGCAGUGAGGUGUCCAGUCGGGUGACAAAAGGCAAGAAGCAGGAGGCACCUGCCACUCAGGUGACAAAGAGGAACCUGGCUAACCUCCCGCUGACCCAGGCCGCCCUGAAGGUCCUUGCCCAGAAAGCCAGUGAGCCCCAGCCUCCUGCUGCCAGAACCCUGUCUUCAAGUGGGAUUGACGGUGCCCUAGGCUCACUCCCUGUGGCGAGUCCCCAGAGCACCCCCGUGAAAGCAGGAGUGACCAACAAGCCCAGAAAGCCCAAGGUUCCUGCAGUCCAGCGGGCCACAGCCCCUCCCUUGGGACGCCCCAAAGCCAAGGCCUCUGGGACCUCAGGUGAUAGCGACAGCAGCAGCAGCUCUUCAGGGAGCGAGGAGGAUGCGAAGAGGCCCCAGGCGGCCCCGCUGGCCCACAGGCUGGGCCCAGUGCCCUCUGGGAAUGAGACCUUGGUGGAGGAAACCCCAGCAGAGUCCAGCGAGGAUGAGGUGGUAGAGCCUUCCCAGUCUCUCCUCUCAGGUCAUGUGCCCCUUGGGCUGACUCCAGCCAAUUCCCAGGCUGCAAAGGCCACUCCCAAACCAGACCCCAACCCCUUGGUUUCCGCUGCUUUGGCCACCAAAGAUGCCCUGGACGGCAAGCGGAAAGUGGAGCCCCAACAAGCACCAGGCACCACAUCCCCUAAAACAGGCAAAAGAGAGGCCAGGACCACACCUCAGAAGCCCGGGAAGGGGGCCGGGAGCCCCGAAGCCUCGACGCUGGCCCUGCACAGCGACAUCGCCCGGCGGCUCCUGAGUGAGCCCUGGCCCCUGAGCGAGGCCCAGGUCCAGGCCUCGGUGGUGAAGGUCCUGGCGGAGCUGCUGGAGCAGGAGAGGAAGAAGGCCGCGGGCGCCGCCAAGGAGGGCAGCAAGAAGAGCCACAAGCGGAAGCUGUCGGGAGAGCAGGCAGCAGCCAGGGCCCCCAAGAGCAAGAAGAAGAAGAAGCUGGCGGCCGGGGGAGGCGGGGAGGGUGCUGCUUCCUCCGAAAAGGCCCCCAGUACUACCCAAGGGAAAUCUAAGAGAGACACAGCAAGUGGUGGCAGCAAGGAGAAGGACAAGCCAGAAGGGGAGCCAGAGAUGGUGAUGGUUGAGGGUGGAGGCCAAGCCAACCCAAAGAACAAGGAGAGAAAAAAAUCUGACAAGAAAAAAAAAGACAAAGAAAAAAAGGAAAAGAAGAAGAAAGCCAAAAAGGCCUCAACCAAAGACCCUGACUCACAAAUACAGAAGAAAAAGAAGAAAAAGAAGAAGACAGAGCAGCAGCCUGUCUGAGGAGCACAAGACAGCAGAAGAAGAUGGCCAGCCACAGAGUCGGUGCUGGCCCAGCCCACAAGCCCUGCAGAGGUUGGUCCAAGGAGGAGGAGGGAGUGUGCCCAGUUCCAAGACCUCCACUCGCUGACCCCGCACCUGACUUCCGUCCUGACACAGGACACUUCGUAUAGAUGUGUACAGUAUAUAUAUACAUAUAUAUAUAUUUUUAAGUGACAUGCCCCUCCCUCCUCAGACCCAACAUGCCCAGAGGCCUCAGGACCUUCCACCCCUUUACCCUGCAGACCCAGUGAGGCCUAGCCUCCCGCUCCUCCCACGGCCCUGGUCCCUGGCUAAUACUGAGGGUUUGUCCUCCUUUUGUCAGUUUUUUCCUGUUUCGUGUUUUUGUAAGAACUCAGAAAAUAAAAGACUUGAAGGAAAGGUGCAAGUUGCAGUGCACCUGGGGCAAACAUUUUGCAAUUGACUUAUUCUUGGGAGUCUGGCUGACACUUGGAGGUGAACAAACCAUUGCUCAGGAUUUGUUCUUGACUACAUGUUGAGGUUCUGGGAUGCUGUGCUGAGUGGGACAGUUUGCCUCAGUUAAGUACCUGGUACUAAACUGGUGGGGGGGGCUUCCUGGAGGAGGUGGCAUAGCUAAGAGGGAGCGCAAGCAUGGCCAUGGUUGGUUGCCAGGUGCUGGGGUAGGCCAGACAAAUACCCAGAAGGCAAGAAAUGGAAGGGGCGCUUUCUAAGCCACCUUUUGAAGUUCAGUUAGGACUGGAGUUGUGGGCAGGCCCUUUUGAGGUACCUGGUGGAGAAUGGCUGUGGCGGGCACAGGAGG